AUGCAGUCUCCGGCGAUCGCUCACCGCCGCUUCCUCAAUGGCGACGCCGCUGCCACCACAUUCCCCCUCUUCCGUCUCAAACCUACUCCUUCUAUCGCCAGCCCUUUUUCAGUUCGUAUGUCACUACGAGAGGACGCCCCAUCCCUUGCUGUCGUCGGCGUUACAGGUGCUGUCGGUCAGGAAUUUUUAUCCGUCCUCUCCGACAGAAAUUUUCCUUAUCGGUCCAUAAAGAUGCUCGCUAGCAAACGCUCCGCUGGAAAGAAAUACACCUUCGAAGACAAUGAAUAUGUCGUCGAGGAGUUAACUGCUGACAGCUUCAAGGACGUUGACAUUGCCUUAUUCAGCGCCGGUGGUUCCAUUAGUAAGGAAUUCGGACCUAUUGCUACGAAUUGUGGAUCCGUUGUUGUGGAUAAUAGCUCUGCUUUUCGUAUGGAUGACAGCGUGCCGCUGGUGAUCCCUGAAGUCAACCCGGAUGCAAUGUCGCAUAUUAGGAUCGGGUCAGGUAAAGGGGCAUUGAUUGCGAACCCUAAUUGUUCUACCAUCAUAUGUUUGAUGGCCGCCACUCCUCUUCAUCGACGGGCAAAGGUAUUGCGUAUGGUGGUCAGCACAUACCAGGCAGCUAGUGGGGCUGGUGCUGCGGCCAUGGAAGAGCUUGAACUGCAGACCCGUGAGGUGCUUGAAGGGAAACGACCGACUUGUAAAAUCUUCAAACAGCAGUAUGCUUUCAAUCUAUUCUCUCAUAAUGCACCAGUCCUUCCAAAUGGAUAUAACGAGGAAGAAAUGAAAUUAGUGAAAGAGACAAGGAAAAUCUGGAACGACAAGGAUAUCAAAGUGACUGCAACGUGUAUACGAGUUCCUGUCAUGCGGGCACAUGCGGAGAGUGUGAACUUACAAUUUGCAAGCCCCCUUGAUGAGGAUGAAGCGAGGGAGAUUUUGAAGAAAGCUCCUGGUGUGGUUGUUAUUGAUGAUCGAGCUAGCAAUCACUUCCCCACUCCUUUGGAAGUUUCAAACAAAGAUGAUGUCGCAGUAGGCAGAAUCCGUCGGGAUGAGUCUCAAGAUGGAAAUUAUGGAUUGGAUAUCUUUGUUUGUGGGGACCAAAUACGCAAGGGGGCUGCUCUAAAUGCUGUCCAGAUUGCAGAGAUGUUGCUGUAAUCCAAGAUAUUUCAUUUUGUCAGGUAAAUUUAAGAUGGAAGAAUGUUUGGUUGGAAGGAGAGGCAGAAGAUGUUGAUUCUGGUUGUUGAAGACAAUGCAUACAUUGUUCUGAAUGUUCAUUAAUGGUUUAUGUUACCAUGAACUUUAUAUCACAAUUUUGAUGUAGAUCUUUCUGUGGGUUAUUUAAGGAGUUAAGGUUGAGAGUUGUAAUGGGGAUUGGAUGUUACAAUAAGAUUGUUUGCAGAAUUGUUGCCCUUGGAGGAUCAGAAGUUUGUAUUUCAAGUUUUG